AUGGGGGUGUGGAGCUGCAACAUCUUUGUGCUGUUGUUUCUCUGUGGAGCUUCUGUCACUGAGGCCCGUCCUGCUUUUUUAUCUGACGUGGAGCACAGGGGCCUUCAGAGACGUCUUCUAGUGGAGGAAGACCCCACCAGCAGCAACACUAAUGGGACUCAGAGGGCAGCCGAUCCAGAUUGGGGCUCAAAGUCAGUGGAGUGGUCCUAUCUGGCUGCAGGACUGGGCACGGUCCUCACCAUCUCCCUCCUCAUCGUGAUGGCAGUCAAGCUUCGCCUCUUCCACCGCUUCCUGGCCAGCUACAGACACUCCCUGCUCCACGAGGCCGAUGGGGCCAGCCAGUACGGUCAUGAUGAUUUGUCUUACCCGAGCAAUGUGUCGGGUAGGAUGGGAAGGGUCAGGGGGACUGUGAGUGGGCAGGAUGAAGACGAUGACGGCUUCAUCGAGGACAAUUAUAUCCAGACCAGUGAGAGACACCGGGCGGAGAGAGAAAGAGUGGAGGAGGAGGAGGGGACAGACGACAGCGACGAUGAUCUUCAGUUCACAGUAGGGUGAUUGGAUAAAGGGAGACAAAUUUUAGUCCUGAACUGCUUACUAAUU